AACACCAGGGAGUUGGUUGACAGGACGUGUUUCCUGCCUCUUUGAUAACGUGUCUUAAUGUUAACCCAAGAACGUUGUAGUAGUUAUGUCUUUUGUAUCUGCUGGUGGAGACGUUUGGUUGAGUGCUGUGAUAGACCCAUACAAGUGACGUGAAGCAAUAGAUCAGUGGGCAAUAGAUAAGGUUAUAGUAUUUUCUAUCUCAUAAGUGACUUGAAUAGCUCACCAGAUAGAGGAGGAGCCUUUGGCCUACGGAAGGCCUACGGAAAGCCAUCUUGUUAUGGCUCAACAGGCAUUUCAGGGCGGCGCAUCGGCGCACUUCAGCGGAGACUCGUCGCAGAGGGAAGUAGAAGAGGACAGUGACAUUUACUGCAACAAUGACACCAUCAUUUUCAACAGACUCCUGAAGACCAAGCAGUUGCUGGGCAACAUUCACUCGGUGGGCAGCGCAUCACAUGGCAGCUGGAAGAAAACAUCGCCACCAGAUGACGCUCAGGACGAUCACAAUGAUGAUUUCUCCGACUUCAGUGACGAUGACUUCGACAAUGAUGAUGAUCACAACUUCUCUAGUACACCUCUGGAGGAGGAGACCUCUGGUGAUCAUUCUGAAGGCAAUGACGAGGAUAUUUACCUGCCACCCAAUCCUGUUACCAGCUCCCCGAUGUAUCCUCAGCCCCUGAAGGCUCCUUCAUCCUCACCCCAAAUUUCUCGAAACCGGUUUCCCGGGCCUAAUAAGUCGUCGGGUUUUGGUUUGCCUGGUACUGUGCCUCCGAAGCCACACUUGGCAAUUGGGAGAGGUGCCAUUCAUGGUGGUCGGGGACCUGUGGCGGUUCCUGGUCGUGGAGCUCACGGUCUGUCAGUAGGGGAUGGUGGCCAUGGACCGCCACUAUUUCCUUUGCUGCGUGGACCAGUGCCAGUUUCUGGGCCUCGUGGACCAUCUCAAGAUGGUUCUGGACGUGGACCAGUGCUGUUUCCUGGGCCUCGUGACCCAUCAUCACCAGAUGGCCACGUCCGUCUACGUGGACCUCGUGGAUCUGCACCAUCUGCUGGACCUCGUGGACCAUUGCCAUCAGAUAGUCCUGGUCGUGGACCAGCACCAGUUCCUGGACCCCGUGGCCCAGCACCAGUUCUUGGACCCCGUGGACCAGCACCAGUUCCUGGACCUCGUGGACCAGCACCAGUUCCUGGACCUCGUGGACCAGCACCAGUUCCUGGGCCUCGUGGACCAGUACCAGUUCCUGGAUCCCAUGGACCAGCACCAGUUCCUGGACCCCAUGGACCACCACUAGAUGGUACUGGUCGUGGACCAGUGCCAAUUCCUGGACCUCGUGGACCGUCUCCAUUUUCUGGACCUCGUGGACCACUGCCAGCAGAUGGUCCAGGACGUGGACAUGCACUGUUUCCUGGACCUCGUGGACCAGUGCCAACAGAUGGCCCUAGUCGUGGACCAGUGCCACUCCCACCACAUAAUGGAUUGCCAUCAGCAGAUGGUCCUGGUCGUGGACCAAUAUUUCCUGGACCUCAUGGACCACCAUCAACUGACACUAAUAGUCGUGGACCAGUGCCAGUUCAAUCACAUAGUGGACCACCACCAGCUGAUGCCUCUGGUCGUGGACCAGCCCCAGUUCCUCCACACAGUGGACCACCAACUGAUGCCUCUGGUCGUGGACCUGCACCACUUCCUCCACACAGUGGACCACCACCAACUGAUGUCUCCUCUCGUGGACCAGCACCACUUCCUCCACACAGUGGACCACCAACCGAUGCCUCUGGUCGUGGACCAGCACCACUUCCUGGUCAUCUCACUAAUAACCUCCGUAAAUUGUUAGAAAGUCAAACGUCCUCUAGCUCUUCGCUAUCGAAGUCGAAGGGGCCACAGAAUCCACCACAGUGGCACUCAUCAACGACAGUGCCAAGCCGGCCUUCUCUCCUGCCUCCAGCACCCUACACCACCACUACCACUCACAGUGAUGUUGGCAGUGAGAGUGCCAGUGAUGGUGGCAGUGCUCAGGGUGGUGGCAGUGCCAACAACCCAGCAGUGCUAGCAGCAGGUGCCAGCAGUGAGGCUGGCAAUGCCACCAGGCCACAGUUCCCUCUUCCCAAAGAUACCAAGAAUAGUGCUAGCACCACGGUGGAGCCAGCAGUGACAUCCUUCCCUCCGGAGAAGACUGACCAUGAAUAUGAGAUUGUUGAUGUACCUGCACGAGCCUUUAGUGUAAGUACUCUACCGUGUUAG